AACCGAAAGACGCAUUCAAUGCCACCGCAGAAGAUAGAAAUUUUCAAGUCACUGGAGAGCUGGGCAUCGCAGAGUCUCCUUCCACUGGUGAAGCCUGUGGAGCAAAGUUGGCAACCCCGUGACUUGUUGCCUGACUCAUCACUGCCGUUGGAUGAGUUCACCGAUCAGGUCAAGGAACUACGAGAUCGAACGGCUGAGCUUCCAGAUGAUUUCCUAGUGGUUCUGGUUGGUGACAUGAUCACUGAGGAAGCGUUGCCAACGUACCAGACUUGGAUAAACAAGCUUGAUGGUGUUGGAGAUGAGACGGGUUCAUGUCAAACCCCAUGGGCUGUGUGGUCACGCUCUUGGACUGCUGAGGAGAAUAGGCAUGGAGAUUUGCUCAAAACAUAUCUUUAUCUCUCGGGUCGGGUCGAUAUGCUCAUGGUUGAGAAGACUAUCCAUUACCUAAUUGGAGCUGGCAUGGAUCUGGGAACAGAAAACAAUCCAUAUAUGGGGUUUGUCUACACAUCAUUCCAAGAGCGAGCCACUUUUGUAUCACACGGUAACACGGCUCGGUUGGGUAAGGAGGGUGGUGAUCCGGUGCUUGCACGCAUUUGCGGUACCAUUGCUGCAGACGAGAAGCGGCACGAGAACGCAUACGUAAGGAUCGUGGAGAAGCUUCUAGAAGUGGACCCCACUGAAGCCAUGAUGGCCAUAUCACACAUGAUGCGCCACAAGAUCACGAUGCCAGCUCACUUGGUCUAUGAUGGGAGGGACCCACACCUCUUCGAUCAUUUCUCUGCAGUGGCACAGCGCCUCGGCGUAUACACUGCCGGUGAUUACGCAGACAUCAUGGAGUUCUUGAUCGGACGGUGGAGAUUGGAGAAGCUGGAGGGUUUGACGAGUGAGGGUAAGCGUGCACAGGAGUUCGUGUGUGGACUUCCACCCAGGAUUAGAAGGCUGCAAGAGCGUGCUGAAGAGCGCGCGCGAAAGAAGAAGAUGGAUGUCAACUUCAGCUGGAUAUUUAACAAAGAGGUGCUUCUAUGA